UAAAAACAGACGAAGCCGCAACGUCUCCUAGCACUGCAACCCGGAUAUGAAACUGUUGGCUUCCGGGUCAAAGCUUCUUUUUCCGGUUGGUGGAUCCGUGUACUUAUGGGUAAUUAACCAAUCUACCUGUUAGCCAGAUAACCAAACAGCUGACGAUCAGGACGAAGGAGAGUCUCGGUGCGUCAGGUGCAUAACAACAACGAGGAAGAUGCUGAGGAGGAAACCAACUCGUCUGGAGCUGAAGAUCGAUGACACAGAGGAGUUUGAGAGCAUCAAGAAAGAGCUUGAGUCCAGAAAGCGUCAGCGAGAAGAAGCUGAGGCAGGAGGAGGAGUGGGUGGAGCUUCUGUCAUUGGUGUGGAUCUGAUUGGGGGUGCAGCUUCUGGCUCAGCAUCCUCUUCCACUGCUGCGUCCAGGGCAGAGCUGAUCAACGAGAGAAUCGGCUACAAGCCCCACCCUAAACCCGCCACGCUGCCAACCUUAUUUGGAAGUUUGCAGUUUUAAUAAAACUCAGAAAACAUG